AUGGAAAUAGCACGGGAAGAUUAUUAUAUUUACUUCUUAAGUACGGUUGGAAUAACUUAUAAUGGACCUACUGGCAGACAGGAAACGGAGAACAGUGAAGAAUUAAGAGAAUUAAUGGAAACCAGUGACAUCGAGGAGGAUUGCGACGAGAGUAUGAGUGAAAACGACAGCAAUGAUGAUGAGGAUAAAGAAAAUUAUAACGAUGAUGACAUGGAAGAAGAUACCGACUCCGAUGACGAGACGAUAAUAAUCGAUGACGAAGAUGACGAAGAGGAUCGUGAAAACAAUCGCCCUGCUGAUUCGCCCAUGCCCGUGAUGAUGCCGUACCGCCAUUGGCAGCCCGGAGAUUACCUUAAACCGUCUAAUAGACAGUUCUGA